AUGUCGGCAGGUCCUAAAAAUUAUGGUUUUCGGACGGACAAAGGAACCGAGACCCUUAAAUGCAAAGGAGUCACUCUCAACCAUCGAACCUCUCAGUUGGUGUGCCCAGAGACUUUAGAAAAAAUGCUCAAGGGAGGAAUAGAGGAAGUAAAAGUCCCCUAUCCCAGGAAAAUCCAGAGGACCCGGGAUUAUGAGGUCGUGAAUAAACCUUCAGAGAAAACAGUCAUUUCUAAUCAUGGGGAAUCGCGAGCCAGACCAACCCAUGCGUUUUCCCAGUAUGCUCAGCUCUCAAAGAGAGAAGCUACUUUUGAGCAGGGGUGGCCUGAACUUCUCUCAGGAAAAAUACCAGACCUAGCUCGAGCUGGGUUUUACUACAGGGGAGUGAAAGAUAACGCUACCUGUUUUCAUUGUGGAAUGACUUUAGAGAAUUGGGAUCUUGAGGAGGAUCCUUAUGCAGAACAUGCUUAUUGGAACCCCAAUUGUCCUUACAUCAAUCAGUAUAAAGGACGAAGCUGGGUGAUGAGUAUAUUUGUCAGGGACUUAGAGAAGCAGGGAUAUAAACCUUUACCUGAGAUUAAACCUCUACUGAACCCAGAACCAGACGUCCAGGCUCGAGGAAAAUUUUAG